UUCACUGUUGUUUGUCUGCAGGAAGAAAUGGUUACGCUUCUAAUACUUUUGAAACAGACUUUAAACCUGUAGUUAUUUGUCACCAGUUACCUGAUAAAAACUAUUUUACACAAUGAAUCCUCGUGAGAAUGGCAUUGUGGAGGAUAAUGUGAUUGCACGGUGUCUAGAAGACGCGCUGAAAGUCGCUCUGCGCGGCGCGUUUGAAGUCGCGAUGGAGAUCGCAGUGAAGGAAACCAGCAAACUGAUGGCUCAAGUGCUGCAGGAUGUGCGCGGUCAAAUACAUGAAACCCAACAGGAGAACAUAAACCUCAAACUACGACUACAGCAGAUCCAUGCUGAACAAGACAACCCGAAACAACUCACUGCUGACUCGGACCAAGAAAUGGAGUUUAAAACAGAAAUGAUAAAACACACAGAACCCAGUGAUCAGGGCCAAUCAUCAUUUCAGACAGUGUUUACACAGGUCUUGGUGAAAAAUGUAAAGCCAGAACCAGAGGAUCCAGUCUUAGAUGACAGAUUUGGUUCUGACGCUAGACCAGACUUCCAGAAGGAAUGUGGGCUAGACAGAAUAUCUGUGCCCCAGUCUAAACUGUUUUGGAGACUUGAUUCAAAGCAGCUACACAGUGAGACAAGAUCACUGGAUGAAGAAGCCAGUCUCGGUAAUGGUUCCUCAGAAAAUACUUUGUCAUUGAAUGGCUGCCUAUCUUCUUUAUCCACCCCAUUUGAUGGCCUUUAUCAAUCAGAAGACAAGGCUUCCAUCCUACAGACACUGCAAAACUGUAGAGACCAACUGGAAACAAAUGUCCAAUCCCGCCCGUAUGUUUGUAAAUUCUGUGGUCAUUCAUUUCAUAGUGAAAAUAAUCUAAAUAAUCAUCACAUUAGAUACCACAAUACUAUAUUAAAGACAGUGGUGACCGAUGCCCACGAAUCCAGGCCAAAAAAGAAAAAACUGCUCGUUUUUGCACCUGGCUCCAACCCAUAUCACUGCAGUGUGUGCAAUCAGAACUUUAGUUGCCAGAAAAGCUUAAGGACUCACACAGAGAUACAUACUGGUGAGCAUUCAUACACUUGUACCUUAUGUAGUGUACAGUUUUGUAAUGUUGAGGAACUGAUACGUCAUUUCCAUGUUCACAUUAAAAAAAACCCUUUUGUAUGUUUAGAGUGUGGAAAAAGAUUUGUGAAAGGUACAGGUUUAAAAUUUCACAUGAUAUCACACAGACCUGCAGUGGAUACAUUGAGCAAAUGAUGCUGCAGAAGAUGCAAGAUGUUUUCUUUGUUUCCUUGAGGUUUUACACAGGAGAGUUUUUCCCCUAGAAACAAUAACACAUACAAUCAAAUGUUUUAUUUUAAAAAGUAUAUCUUGGUUUCCACUAAACCAUUAACAUUGUUUAUGGAAUUCUGCUUUUGUAUUUUCCUGUUACCAUUAAAGCAAACUAUAUUAAACAUAGACAGCAGAUAUCUGCACUUGUUUUGGAUAAAAACAGAAUCCAUUAAACCUUGAAAUGUUUUUCUACCAAAAUA